GCCCUGGGCAUGCUGUUUGCCCUGGAAGAGGCAAAUAGAGAUCCCACCUUCCUGCCUAAUGUCACUGUGGGACUCCAGCUCUAUGACUCCUGUGUAUCUGGGACCCGGGCUCUGGGGAGCACCCUUAGCCUCCUGUCUGGACAGCUUCCACCAACACCCAACUUUGAUUGCCACUCUUCCCAGCACCAACUCCUGGGAAUCAUAGGUGGGAUGACGUCCCCAGAGUCCGAGCCUAUGGCUGAGCUGCUCUCUAUUUACCAAGUCUCUCAGGUAAGUCAUGGAUCUCAACAUCCCCAAUUUUCUGAUCAUCACCGGUUCCCCUCUUUCCUCCGCACAGUCCCCAGCAGAGCCCAACAACCUCAGGCCAUAGCCAAGAUGCUUCUCUUCUUCAACUGGACAUGGGUAGGCCUGGUAGGCUCAGAUAAUGGUGCCUUUGAGUGGCUAGAUCAGGAACUGCGGAAUGAGGUUGGAAAGAAUGGUGGCUGUGUGAGCUUCUCCAGGAAGAUUGAUGGCCAUGUUGCCAAUGUGGGUGAUGUAGCUGAUGCCAUCCAGGAUUCCACUGCUAAAGUGAUCAUCUGUGAUUGCUACCAUAUUCACUUUAUGCUCCUUGCCAAGGCCCUUCAGAAGAAGAAUGUAACCAAUAAGAUAUGGGUCAUGUCUACUUCUUUUUUGCCAGACUCCUCUGUGUUGAACAGGGAAGCCAGGGUGAUGCUAAAUGGGAGCCUCUCUCUGGGGAUACAUUCAGGCCCAGUGCUUGGCCUGCAGCACUUCCUGUCCACUCUGCACCCAGCUAUGUUCCCAGACAAUCAUCUGAUAAAGUUGUUCUGGCAAGACUUAUUCGGUUGCAUCUGGCCUGGGCUAAAGCCUAUUGGCCUUCAAAAGGGAUCUCUUGUCCAGAACUGCACCGGGCUGGAGCAGUUGACACCUACCCAUCUGUCUGUAUUGAAACUGGAUGACUUGACUGCUACAUACCAAGCCUACAUUGCAGUCAAAGCCUUCCUGGAGGCCUAUAAGAACCUGCGGUCCUGCUCUCCUGGGGAGGGUCUAUUUACUGGUGGCAACUGUGCCAGGACAGGAGAUGCCAAGCCUUGGCAGCUUUUGCAGUAUCUAAGGGCUGUAUGCUUCAUUACUCAAGCCAAAGAAAAGAUAUUUUUUACCCAGGAUGGGGACAUCCCAGCAAUUUUCGACAUUGUAAGCAUAUACCUUGCUCCAGACCACACUUUGAAGACUACCAAGGUUGGACACUUAGACUUCAGCAAACCUUCUGGGAGAGAACUGGUGAUAAACAGGAACAUUAUCAUUUGGGCUAAGGGUCCUGGGAAGGCUCCUCUUUCAGUCUGCAGUAAGACAUGUCCUUUGGGAACCUGGAAGUCAGCCAUCCAGGGGCAACCAAGCUGCUGUCACCAGUGUCUUCACUGCCCACAAGGAGAAAUAACCUACAUACCAGACAGCACCAGUUGCCUGAAGUGCCCAGAGGACCAGUGGCCAAACAGUAAGCAGGAUCAGUGCAUCCCCAAGAAUCUUGACUUUCUUUCCUACAAGGAGCCCCUAGGCAUGGCAUUAGCCAUUUGCACAACUCUCUUCUUUCUCCUUGCCCUGACCAUCCUAGUCAUCUUCAUAUGGCAUCACCACACGCCUAUAGUCAAAGCCAACAACCAAAGGCUGAGUUACAUUCUUCUUUGUUCUUUGGCACUAUGCUUCCUGUGCCCAUUCAUGUUCAUUGGCCACCCAGUACCCCUGACUUGUGCCUUGCGUCAGGCAGCCUUUGGAAUUAUCUUUACAGUCUGUGUGUCUGCCAUUCUGGCUAAGACUAUUAUUGUUGUAUCUGCCUUCAGGACCACUAGACCAAAUGCCAGAUUCAGGAAAUGGGCAGGACCAAAUCUUCCCCAUGCUAUUCUCAUUGCCUGUUCAUUGAUCCAGAUUGUUCUGUGCAUGUUCUGGGUUAUUGUCUGGCCUCCAAUGCCUAUGAACUCUAUGGAUACAGGGCCCAAAGUCACUGUGAUGUGUGAUAUAGGCUCUUCAGAGUUUUUCUAUGCCAUGCUGAGCUUCUUGGGCUUCCUAGCUCUGGUCAGUCUGGUGGUGGCCUUCCUAGCCCGUCAAUUGCCUGACACCUUCAAUGAAGCCAAGCACAUCACUCUCAGCAUGUUGGUCUUCUCUUGUGUUUGGAUCUCCUUUAUCCCAGCACACCUGAGUGCUCAGGGCAAGGAUACUGUGGCUGUGGAGAUUUUUGCUAUCUUGGCAUCUGGGGCAGGCCUACUGUGCUGUUUAUUCUUCCCUAAGUGCUAUAUUAUCCUGCUCCAACCUGCGAAGAACACAAGGGAUCAGAUGAUGGGCAAGCAUUAUUUCAAGAAAUGA